AGUUUCCUCGUCGCGCAGUAGUUUAUUUUGAAUUACUAUGAAGACACAGUAUAAACUCCAACACAAUGGCUGAAAACAACUAAAUCAAAUCCAAAAUAGGUUUUCAAGUCAAUAUAAGCAAACCUAUCAAGGCAUGUCUAAUGUGAGAUUAUGUGGUUUGAAGCCAUUUCGCUUUGGACGAAAGACGUGUCUUUUUGAGUCAAUGAAAAACUUUACGACGCCCAAGAAAUCUUCUAUGUCUAACGAAGGGAAGGGAGGAUCAAUCGAGUGGUCAUUUGUUGGUGCAGACCAAUUGAUUUCAAUGAUGAAGGUCCAUAAGAAGAUCUUUGUCUUCAGGGAUACCAUGGACCUUGCUCCUAUGAAUAGUUCCUCUACCUUGCAUGAGAUGGUUAUUACAACCUUAGAAGAUCUUCAAAGGCUUUACCCGGGGAUCAUACCAAGCAAAAAAGUGUCAAAUAUCAAAGACAAGCCUAUAGAUCAGGAUCUUGUCUACUUCUGCGAGGCUUUAAACUGUCUUGGAGAAUCUUGGAUGAUUAACAAUGAUUGUAUGGAAAAACACAGUUAUGAGUUAUCAGCGUGUAAAGAUAACACCAACAUGCGGCAACUGGUUGAAUGUCGUAGAAUUUCAGCUGGUUGUUGUUUUAUUUAUUUCGCAGGUGAAACUAUGUCGACCACACUUGAUUGUUUGAUUAAGAUUGCGAGUGAGAAGUUUGAUGUUAUGGAAGAAGAUGACCCAAAAAAAGUUAUACGCAACAACUCCUUUUCAGAUAUGACUUAUUCCCCCGUCACACCAAAAUCUGUACUUCCAGAAUCCAUGAGCCCAGCAUAUUCUAGUGACAUUCCUCUUUGGACUCUAAGAGCUGUCGGAAAUCUGAAACCAGUUGAUUUAAAGCGUUUAUCUUACCACAUGUCACCGCCACGCUUGCAAACCCACGAGACCGAGAAGGAACCAACCAUAAACAUGGAAAUAAUAGAUCAAAAAGUUAAAAAUCCAGCAAGAAGCUUAUCACAAGAUAUAGUUCUUCAUUCGGACACCAAUCAUGGAGAAACAUAUGAUAAUCCUCAAGCAACGGAAAACGUGGAGAAACUUUCAGCAUCUCCACCUCCAGCGCCAUCACCACCACCAUCACUACCUUUGAGCUCAAGUUUAGCACUAGUACCACCACCUCUCCCACCAAAACCCCUCAAAACUGGACCAGCUCCGGCACCGCCACCGUCAAUGCCACGUGGAAGCGGAGCAGCUGCUCCACCACCACCACCUCCACCUGGAGCAGGGAGAUCCUUGCGUCCUAAGGCAACUACCAAACUGAAAAGGUCAACACAAUUAGGAAACCUGUAUAGAACUCUCAAGGGAAAAGUGGAAGGAUCCAGCAUCAAAGGCAAGUCAUCCGUUGGGAGAACUAAUGCAAUUGGAGCAGGAACUAGUGGGAAACAAGGAAUGGCUGAAGCUCUAGCAGAGAUGACAAAAAGAUCAUCUUACUUCCAACAAAUAGAAGAAGAUGUUCAGAGGUACACCAAACAGAUCAUAGAACUGAGAUCUGCUAUUACCAAUUUCAAAACAAAGGAUAUGAUAGAACUUGUAAAGUUCCACAAAGACGUCGAAUCCGUUCUUGAGAAUCUAACUGAUGAGUCACAAGUCCUAUCUCGAUUUGAAGGCUUUCCCUCGAAAAAGUUAGAAGCCAUAAGAAUGGCAACCGCGCUUUAUCUUAGAUUGGAUUCAAUUCUUGCCGAGCUUCAAAAUUGGAAUAUAGUGACUCCUGUGAGGCAGUUCCUUGACAAGGCUGAACGUUAUUUCAAUAAGAUAAAAACGGAAUUAGAUUCUUUGGAGCGAAUCAAGGAUGAAGAAUCCAAGAAAUUUAAAAGCCACAACAUCGAAUUCGACUUCUACAUCCUUAUAAAAAUCAAAGAAGCCAUGGUGGAUGUUUCCUCCAAUUGCAUGGAACUAGCACUAAAGGAGAGGCGCAAUGAUGCUGCUAGCAGAGAUUCAGGAUCGAACCUUAUUAAUGGAAAAAGAAAAGAACAUGGCAAGUUGCUUUGGAGGGCUUUCCAAUUCGCAUUUCGAGUCUACACAUUUGCCGGUGGACAUGAUGAUCGUGCUGACAUACUGACAAGAGAAUUGGCUAAGGAAAUCGAGAGUGAUCCGAACCAGCCAUAACCUUUCACAAUUAGCUUAUGCUUCAUGCUACAAUCAUCAUUUUUUUUGUAAUGGACAACUUAGACGUAGCUCCGUAGAUGUCUUCGUGUUAUUCUCUUACCAAAAUCACAGUUUCACUUCUGUGAUGCAUACGGAUAUUUAUUAAAAAUUUACUAUUACAUAAAAAAAGUAUGAACUUUAAAAUAAGAGGAUCGAAUUUUAUUUAUUUUAAAACCAGAAGACGAGAAUUACGUACGAGUUGAGUAAACCGGAAUAAUUC